GCCCGGGGGUGCGGGAUUCCCGGGAUCUGGAGCGGGACACGCGAGUGCCCGGGGGUGCGGGAUUCCCGGGAUCUGGAGCGGGACACGCGAGUGCCCGGGGGUGGAGGAGGCGGCCUUUCCCUGGAAGAGGGGACCUUUCCCUGGAAUCGGGGGACGUCCCCCCGGCUGCCACGAGCCCCGGGAUCCUCGCUUUGCUUCCCGGUUUUCCCGAGGCGAUGCCGACUUUCUGGAGCAGGGGGAAGGAGCGGCAGGGGGGCCUGAGCCGGGUCUGGAGGUGUCUGUGGCUGUUCCGGGGCGGGAGCCGCGCUUCCCGAGGAUUCGCUUCCCAAGGAUUCGGGACGAGCUCCGGAGGCAGCGGGAGGCAGGCGGAGUGGGAGGAAUUCCAGAGGCAGGAAUAUGAGCAGUGGAAGCAGUCCCUCAGCUGGGAUGAGCCGAGCCUGGGAUGCGGAGCACGGGAUGUGCCCAGAUGUGCCAGGAUGGAGAAGGCGGCGCUGGGAAAGCUGGAAGAGCCCGGGGCCUGCCGGAAUUCCGGAGGCGGGAAAGGCCAGCAGGAAAAGCUGGACAUCUGCAGCGCUAUCCAACCCCUCGAGGAGGACGGCUGGGAUGAGCCGAGCCUGGGAUGCAAAGCACGGGAUGGGAACGUGCCAAGGGAAGGUGGUGGCCUUGGGAACGGGAUGGAUCAGCCCCAGCUCCCGGCCCAGGGAGGAGCCAGCGAGGAUGAGGAGGGACUGAGCGGGGGCGACUCCCCCCAGCUCCUGGAGUCACGUGUGGAGGGCAGGGACACUCCCACCGACCCUGGAAAGGACCUGGAGCCUCGGCCAGCGGAGGGAACGCCCGGAGAGGAGCCGAGGAGCCGAGUGUGGGAGAAGCUGGAGCGCCUGGGAGAGCCCAUGGAGAGGUGGGAAGGGCAGCCCUUGGCAGCCCUGGCGGCCAGGCUGGCGGAGCUGGCCCUGCAGACGCACACCCACAGCUACCCCACGGAGCAGGGAGCCGCUCCCAGGCCCCGCUCCCGGCAACCGGGAGCCGGGAACGCCGUUGUGGCCGUGGCCACGGCACGGCAGGACCUCGGCGUGUCCGUGUCCGGGAGCGAGCCGCGCUUCCUCGGAAUGCUGUCCGUGAGCAACCAGGCCAGUGAGGGCUCUGAUGGCGGAAGGGGGACGGGACCUCUUCCCGGGCGUUCCCAGGUGCUCCGGGUGGAAAUCGAGGACCCGUGGAGGAGGGAAUUCCCGGCGGUGUGGGCGCGGUACCGGAUGGACUGCGGGAGGGUGCUCGAGGAGGUGAAUCUCGAUGGGGGCCGGGUGCCCCCCCAAAGGGAACAGCCCUUGCCACCGGACGAGAGGGAGGCCGUGGAGGAGCUGCUGCCGGAAUUGCUGAAGGAAGGGAUCGUGGUGAAAGGCGCCUCCAACUACAACAACCUCAUUGUUCCCACCCGGAAAGGGACCCAGUGGCGCCUGACCCUGAAGUGCAAAGCCCUCAACAAGGCCACCCCCACGGAGCCCGAGGAGAGCCUGAGCAGGGAUCGCAUCCUGGCGUCCGUGCCCGCCGGGAGCAGGUGGUUCUCCGUGCUGGAUCUGUCCUGCGCCUCCUUCGCCAUCCCCUUGGCGCGGAGCUGCUGGCACAGGUUCGCCUUCACCUUCCAAGGGCAGCAGUUCCUGUUCACGCGGCUCCCGCCGGGAUUCCAGAGCACCGGCUCCAUCACGCACCGGCGCGUGGCGCGGAUGCUCUCCCAGCUGGGGGGGCAGGGGGACGGUCCCUGGGCCUUCAACUACAACGACGACAUCCUGAUCGCCGGGAGAACGGCCGAGGAGGUGGCGGCGCGGACGCGGAGGGUCCUGCAGCUCAUCCAGGACACCGGGUUCAAGGCCAAGUGGGAGAAGGCGCAGCUCGUCCAGAGCCGGGUGAUAUACCUGGGAGUCACCGUCGGAGCCGCGGGGAGGGGGAUCCCGGACGCCGCGCUGGAGGAGCUCCGCAGCAUUCCCAGCCCCCGUGACGCCAAGGAGCUCCGCAGCCUCCUCGGGAAAUUCGGCUACUGGCGGAGUCACAUCCCAGACUACUCCGAGCUGGCCCGGCCGCUGCACCGGCUCACCAGGGACGGGGUGCAGUGGGAAUGGCAGGAGGAGCAGCAGCAGAGGCUGAGGGAGCUGCGAGAAGCCCUCGUGCCCGUCCUGCCCUUCCCGGAUAAAUCCCAGCCCUUCCUCAUCAGGAUGAGCCUCCACGCGGAGACGGCGGGAGCCACCCUCCUGCAGGACGAGGGGGGGGCCCUGGUGCCGGUGCAACACAUCUCCCACGUCCUGGAGGGCCAGAAGAGCCUUUCCCUGGAGGAGAAGGGCUGCGUGGCGGCCGCCUGGGCCGUCCAGGAGUUCCAGCCCUUCACGGGGCCGGCGCCCAUCCUGCUCCAGCUGCCCCAUUGCCCCGGGAAGUUCCUGUCCCGCGGCCAAGCCCUGGAGCCCCACGGGCCGCAGCUCCCGGAGCAGUGGGCGCUGCUGCUGGUCCCCGAGCGGGCUCCGAAGAAGAUGUGCGGUUACAUGGAGUUCCCCGAGGCUCCCCCACUCUGCCAGCUGCCUCCCGACGUUCCCGGAUCCGACGUGUGGUUCUUGGCCAGCUACCGCUCGGGACGCUCCCUCGGCUACGCCGCCACCAACCUGGAGGGGCGGUGGCUGCUGGGGGCGUCCCCGGGGGGCUCCAGGCUGGAGGUGGAGCUGGAGGCCCUCUGGGAGCUCCUGGAUCGGCACCGGAGCUCUUCCCGCCUCUACCUGUAUUCCAACUGCGAUUGCCUGAUGGCGUGGCUGGUGAGGCGGGUGGGCCCGGCGAGGGGCUGGAAUUCCAGGGCCGUGUGGAAGAUCGUCCGCCACUGGUGCUACCACAACCCCGGGAAGCUCCAGCUCAGGAAGGUGUGGAUGGCCGGGGGAGAGGACUGGGAGGAGGAGGGUUGGAUCGCGAGGGCGGGCGGCAGGGCCAGGGCCGCGGCCGACAGGGCCGGGCUGGGCUGGAAAAACUGGGAGCCUUCCACGUACGAGAGGCGGGAGAUCAUCGCCCAGUGCCACCGGGGGCACAAGGGGGAGGAGGAGACGCUGGCGCGGGUGCGGGCGGUGGCCUGGUGGUCGUGGGCGCCACAGGAGGUGGAGAGCUGGGUGCGGGCCUGCCCGGAGUGCGGGGACGGCCAGGAGGGGCCGCAGCGGCCGGAGGGCCCCUGGUCCUGCCUCUCCGUCGGCAUCGCCGACGACCUUCCCGAGAAUCCCAAGGGGUUCCGGGCCCUGCUGGUGGUGCGGGACGAGGAGUCGGGCUGGGUGGACGCCUUCCCGCUGGGGGAGUUCCCACAGGAGACGCUGCGGGUUUGGGUGGCGGUCAUGCGGCGGCGCUGGGAGGUGUUCGGGAAGGUGGGCACGGUGCGUGUCCCGGCCGAGCCGCCCUGGCUCGGGGACGCCCUGUGCCACUUUGAGCUGCGGGGAUACUGGGACAGGCUGGAGCGCGGCCGGGACUGCCCCGUGGCCGCCAGCCUGCGCAGGGUGGCCCACAAGGUCGGGGAGGGCUGGGCCGAGAUGCUCCCGCUCAUCCUGGCGGGAGUGAGGGCCGGCAGCGCCCGCAGGGCCCGACUGGAGCCGCUGCUCAGCGUCCCCGGCCUGGCCCUGGAGGUGCUCUGGGAAGAGAUUGAGCUGCGGCACCGCAGGAAGAACGAGCUGGCCUGGCUGGGCGGGAUGCGCCUCCGGCCCGGGUACCGCGACCGCGUCAGGGCCGCGCUCGACAUGGAGCUCGACUAGGCCUGGGCUGGGGCUGGACUG